ACGUUUUCCGUUCAUGACUUAUCAGACUGUUCCUAAAAAGAUACUGUGAGCUCUUCUACUUUUGAAAUUCCUGGCGGAUUUGUCAGAAAUUUCGAAAUAGGUGUAAAAAUACCGUGAACGUGCUGUUCUCGUGUGAAUUUUGGUUCUUACCAAUUUAAGUUCUGAAACAAUAAUUCUACGUUCUGGCAAUAGAACAACCACCCUAAACAGAAUAUGAAUGAAAAUUUGGAAAAUUGUUCUUCAUCUGUUUUGCCCAACUUAAGCCAAAGAGCUGAAAAAAAACUAUCUCUAGCAAAAGCCCUCAAAUUGGAGGGAAACAAUUGUUUCAGACAACAAAAUCUAAAGGAAGCUAUUCGACAUUACCACAGAGCCUUGCUGUAUGUAAAAGGUGUGGAAAACGAUGGAUCUAGUGUGUUAAGAGAGUUGGGUGCUACAUUUACCAAACCGGGUAAUGGAAAAGGCUUUGAAGAGAAAAUUGACCCUGUUGUCUUAAAGCAGAACACAGAGUUGAAGAUAGAUUGCUAUAAUAAUUUGUCUGCAUGUUUGCUGAAGAAUGAAAAACCUGAUUAUGAGAAAGUAGUGUUCUACUGCAAAGAAGUGAUGAAAUGCUCUCGUGAAAAUCCAAAAACACACUUCAGAAUGGCACUAGCACUUUUUGAACUUGGAGACUUUAAUGCAGCUUUGGAAUCUUGUAAUGAAGCACUGCGAUGUGGGCCUUCACAAGAUUCAAAGAUUACCAAUCUCAAAACAAGGUGUCUGGCACAACUCACCAAACAAAAUUGUGAAAACAAAAUUAUGUAUGAAAAGAUGCUGGGUUUCAAAUGAACAUAUUUGAGCCUAAGAUGAAAACUGAAAUAAAAGAAUGAAUGAUUCACA